AAAACACGACAACGUGCCGAGGAAACCGAACAAGGAGGGUCACAAAUUUGUUUUGUACGAUUAUUAUUUGCACAGGAAAAGUGAGACGUUUCUUUUGAAACAGAUUUGUCAGUUUUUCGGUUUGUUUUUCAUUCCUCGUUUUCCUACUUUUCAAUUUAAACAAGGAGGGUGUUAGUAGUCGAAAUCUAUACGUAGUGAAAAUGAGUUUUGUGGACGUGAAAAAUAUUGAAGCAACCACAUUUGAAGAACGUUACUAUGACGAAUAUGAAUAUUAUAAUCUUACUGACAAGUUCAGCGGUGGUACAAGUCGCAAGGGGAGGACGAAGCGUGAAGCCAGCUGCAAUACCAACAAGCCUAACCCUGGAGGCCACGAGCGGAAAAUAACCGAGAAAUUACAGAAUGCUGAGAAAAAGGCCAAGGAGUGAGGAGGAAGUAAGGGAAAAGUGUGUAUCGGACAGCUAACCCUGGCAACGGACCACAGCCGCCUUCGCAACGGAUGCGCAGACCACAGGACCAGCAUGUGGGAAGGACAACCAGUCUGGGCAUGAUGAAUACACGUGGGGGGAAAACCUUAAGCAUUCACAUCCUGAAUAAAAGGAAAUGCCCAGUGUUUUCAGAUUAAAAGGAAGGGAAAGAAGGGCCAAGUAUGACAGAGGGUGGAACUGUAAGAUGACUGGGUCAGGGUGAAAUUGCCUCUGCAGAGUGUUAGUCUGCGCAGUCUGCCUUCUGCCAGUAUAAGGAAUGGUGUUUAAUCAGGGGGAAAUUUAGAAGGAUCACUUAAUGUUAAAAGCUUUUUUUUUUACACAAUGAA